CCAAGAUGUUGUUUCAAAAUGGCGGCAAUGAUAUGUGAGAUUAGACUCAUGCAGUGCAGUUAGGCUUGAAAAAGCCGUUUGCAUUAAAAAAAUACAAAAAAUGGGAUUUCAGUCGGAUGAAGAAUCAUUACUCAUCUAAACCAAUUUCAAACUGUAUAACAUUAGAUGAAUCGAUGACAUCCUGUGGAUCAAGACUGUUCCAUAUAUCAACAACACGGAAAAUAAACGCUAAACUCUAAGUAAGAAAGAUGAUGAAAUAUAAUUCACGGGGCCCACAAAGGGUUUACCAUGAGGACGAAACUGCAUGUGGUCCUCUUUGUCAGCAUCCAGCAUGUUGGCAGUCGACAAAUCGACGUGUCAAAAAUAUCCCUCGCAGACUGGAGAAACUACCACCACCUGAGGAUAUUGAAACAGAUUUGCCAACAGUGAAGGUGUGUAACAUGCUGUCAGACUAUGGGGAGGAUACAAGGGAUCACUACCCCAUGCAUCAUACCAACCAACCCAGCAACACCAGGGCUACUUCUGUACCCAACCUCCCCUCACAGUUGACCAAAACCAGACCGUAUCAGAGUACUGGGCUGCGGCUGACAGCCCCUGCCAGCACCCCUGUGAACAACAAUAUGGAAUCCCGUUCCAAGCAGCAGCUCAACCGUCGCAACCUCAAAUUAGUGGAAGUCCAGGAGGUGUUUGACCUUGAGGAUCUAAACAGUACCUGGGAUGACACCUUUAUUGCCAAACAGUAUUAUGUAUGGGUCCCCAACCCCAAGGGCAAGACCCCUCGCAGUGAAAAGUCAGGCGAUCAUCAAUCCUCAAUAAGCCAAAUGAAUGCCUCAAAGAAAGUUCUUGUAAAGGACAUGACAGAGGACAUGAUCCCGCGCCAUUAUGAAUACGAACGCUACAUGCAGGCCAGAUCUCCAUCCAUCCGGGCUGACAGCUGGCCAGUACUGAAGAAAAAGCGUGCUGUGACAUCACCUACCUAUAGUAUGUACAACCGCCGUACUCCUUAUUCCAGUAUCGGUAAUUCCGCCCACGACAGAACAGCUUUUGAAACAGAUGGAAUUGAUGAUUUGCUUGAUCUCCCCCGUGAUAUCCUGGUCAAGGUGUUGGAUCACGCCAAACAGAGUGACUUCAUGUCACGAGACCGUAUCCAUGAGGUAAUCGAGCGUUUCUUGCCCCCUUAUGACCGAUUGACCACCAACAUGUCGACGGCCAGCUCCGACCUGUUACAGCAGAAAAAGAUGAACCUACACAUCUCCAAGGCCCGACAUCUUCGCCAAGCCCACCUUAUGGAGACCAAGCCUGUGUUCUACCUUGAUGAUGAUGAGGAAAACAUACAGGAAGAGGAAGAGGAGGAGGAAGAGGGUCAAGUGACGGGACGUGUAACAGAUACACAGCGCACUGUCGAUAAACGCUUUGACAGCGACUAUGGAUCCUUCCGUGAUUUCUAUUUUGGGGGAAUGAAAGAUUUCCCAAGAUUCAGAAAACCUUUACCUGCCAUAGGAGACACUCCGUCCACGAUCCCGUCCAUUUCACUAGGCCUGCCUGAGCUGCCGUUUGGUCUCCGUAAGACACGUACCUUCACCUAUAACAAGAGGAACUACAGAGAUGUGGACUUCACACUCGGGCCAAAUCCUAUGCCUCCCAGCAGUCUACGUGAAUCUGUAGAGCCACAGGACCAGUCAGAACACAACUCACCUUCACAGAUCAACAUUCAGUCUCCUUCCACACCUAAAGCCCCUGUCGACAUUCCCAUCUCUCAGGAGGAGCGGAAGGUCGCUGCUGAGGCUGUCCAGUCCCCAACACGGUCUGCUACUAGGACAUCUGUACCUCUGCAUGCCGUUUCGCCGGCCGUCAGUACCAAAGUGCCACAGGCCCCAGCCACCACACCGGCUGCUGCUUUAUCCCCUACUAAGACCUUCUUCAGGGAGCCAUCAGCCCCUCCCCCCACAGCCGAGGGCACUCAGGCCGACCUGAUGAUCUCACGGACGAGCACACUGUCUCCUACACAGAAUAUUAGAGCACCCAUGAACUCUCCACGGGAAACAUCACCAGAACGUACUCGUACAGGAAGGAUUUAUGGUUUAGGCCUAGAUACAAUUGAGGAGAGGAAACAAGAGGAGACAACUGAGAUUGGGGCAGGUUUUUCACGUAGUCGCAGUAUCCUCUUUUCAACAAAUGAGGUUCCUGAAGUCCCACCACCACCUUCUUCACCGCAAGAGGACGAUGAUCGGUCAGAUAUGACAACACCACUGGCAACUCCGGUGGUCAAAGAUGCGGCAGGUCAUGUCACAGUUCUGACCAAUCAAAACACUGUAAAUACUCGAGAGCAUACCCACACCUCAUUCGACCUUCAAGUUCCAGUGGACAGGAAGCGGGAGUCGACCAUGGGAUCCACGCCUGAGCCCUGGCCAGCAGUCAAUGAGGCUGACUUUGAUGUUACACCAUCCUCAACUAAGUUGGCAUUGCACAGUGAACAUGCUAAAAAUGGGGUGGUCAACGAUUCUAGGAUGGCUGUAAUGGAUCCAAUGUCUGACCGAUCCUCCAUGUAUAAUGGACUAAAGUCUGAAGAUAUUAGCAGAAAUUCAAGUGCAACUAACUUGAAACCGGACGAGAUGAAGAAAGAAGCAGAAUCCCCUGGUCCUCCUCCUCCCUCCCCAGAGGCGAAGGACAAGAGCAGGAAUGCCCAUGACAUUCCCAAGUCUGGGGGACGCAGGCGUGACAUUAUGUCCAGAGAGUCGCUCACCAUGACACCAUUAAUGGAAGGUGAUGAGGAAGGAGAAGUUACUCUUAAUCAGGGACAAAUAAAGACGAUUGUGGUGUCUGUGCCGCCACUUGGAACUGCUGGAAAACCACGGAACAAGAAUAACCGGACUGUUGAUACGUUUGUAAGUAUUGACAUCCCAGCUGUGUCUGUAGAACAUACUGUAAACGGGGAUGAUGGGGUGAAACAGGGAGGCCGUACUCAGGGACUUGAAACAACUGUCGAAGAAUCACAGGAAGACAUCGAGUCUCUGACACAGACUAUUAAUACAAGAGAGGUUCCUCUUUCUGUAAUGAGCUCUUUGGUUGACCCGUCUAUGGAUGGCCAGGAUUCCAUGUCGGACAUGAUGUCUGCGGGAGUAUCAAUAUCCCAGGCAGGAAAUGUAUCGCCAUCCUCCACUGUCCCUGACAAGGGCCUGAACAUCGAUUUGAAGGCCUUCGUCAAUGCGGACCAGAACAGUGAGGAUAAUGGUAAGAUCUCAGAGCGAUCGGAAGCACAGGAGAAGGAGGGUAUAACAGAGAAUGGGGGAGAUCACGAGGGAUUCAAAGAAGAGCUUAGAGAGGAGUUACAAAAGCUACAGACAGCCCGAAGAGGUGACGGUGAAGUACAGGAUUGGCAAAUUAGGACACAAAGUGAGGGACAGAAGGAGACAAGGCAGGCCCUUGAGGAGGCAAGUACAGAUGAAUCGAAACCUGAGCAGCCUUAUGAGUCACGGCAUGUCCUAGAAGGGGCAAGUACAGAAGACUCGAAGAUUGAGAAGGGACAGGGGCAAUCGGAGGGUGAGAUAAAUGAGACAGAACAAUCAACAAAGAAUACAGAACAGGAAGAAAAAUCAGAAAACCAAGGACAGUGAAUGGCAACAAUGAAAAAUGCCCCUAACAAUCAAAGGCAUGUAAGAGGAUAGAAGAAUAAUGAAACCAUUAAAAUGACAGGUGGUAGCACCACCUUCUGGUUGUGAGUCACUAGUAAACAGCUAACAGUACAUCUGAGAGGUGCUGUACCUCACCUUGAUGUGCUGUGCCUUAAUACCUAACAUCAUUAAUUUCACAUAUUCAAUUUAUUAAAUAAAUGACAAGUACAGACCUAAGAGAUUAUGCUAAUACUUAUUUGCUACACGUGUACUGUCAGUUUCUUUGUCUAAUAUUUCUAUCGUGCGAGUUGUUAUUUAACAUGUUAAACACCAUUUAUAAAGUGAAUACCUGCCCUUUUCUUUUCCUGGCAUAUUCUGGGAAAUAUGUCCUCAAAUGCUUGUCACGAAUUGUUUAACUUCUAUUUUGGAAAAAUGCAAUAUAUUUUUUUUAUAUUAAACGACGUUUUAUAACUAUUUUUAAAAGACAAAGAGUAAUCUUUAGUUGCGCUCCAUACGUGUAACUAGCCUUUCCUAUCGCUAUGAUGUUACACAAGUAUCUGGAUGUUUAUUCAAUUACUGGGUGUUAUGAAUAUUUUUCAAUUGUUUUCAUAUUUGAAUUUAUUUAUCAGCAUUGGGAAGCUCAGCAUUUGAAAUUAUGAACGAUAGCCUUGCUUGUAAAAUGUAUUAUAUAUGGUCUUUUUGGAUGCAUGGUACCCAAGAGUAGAACACUUCCUUAUUUGGCUUUAAAACUUUGAACUGUUACUGAAGCUCAUCAGCAAUGACUUUCUUCCUACAUAACGGCGUCGCCUCUCUAUGGUAUCUGUUCUGUUGACCCUUUAAAUGUACAUGUAACUGGAAAUAAUAUCAAUGCCAAAUGUUUAUCGUGAUCUGAAUAAAUACAGAAUAUUCAUCAAAUUUCCUGAAAUAUGUAAUAGACACAAUAAUGAUUUGUUGUAGAAAUUAUUUACCAGUAUGAUUAUCGUUGCAUGUAUUAGAACACCUACGUUCCAUGUAUUCGUGUGAAGUACAGGUUAUCAUUGCUCCAGACUGUCUUUCUUUACGUUAUAAAACACAUUGUAAUAUAUCUAACGUUGAAUACACCAGGAAGUAAAAGAUACUUUUCAUGUACAAUGCUUAGAAUACUUUUAGUGUCUCCUAAUUAUGCAAUGUAUAUAUUUCUUUUAAUGACAUUGUAUGCAUUUUAUUUUUACCUUUCGUAAGGAAUGUUUACCUUCAAUACUGAUGAACUGUAUGUAUCCUGUGAUAAAACUGAUAGCAUUAUAUAAGUAGUACAUGUGCGCUUAUACGAUGACAACUUUAGCAGAAAUACUAUCAAAAUAAUUCAGUCUCUUUUACACAGGCAUUCAUUGUAGAUUGAAUGUCGGGAUCGACUAAAACAUGAAGUUGUAGAGAAUGGUCAGUGGGGUGAUGGCCUAGUGUUAAAUAUACUGCACGAUGUGACAUCCCAUGUCUGUGAUAAACUCUUAUCUGUGAUACCGUAAAUUAUUAUGUUUGUUUUCAAUCUGAUGUCUUUCCUAAUAUUUGGGAUGUCGUAAGUAUUAAAAUAUAUCAAA